CGUCGUGUUCGAAAUUUGACGGUUGCAUGCAAACAAAGCCUUCUAACUCGGAUCAAUUUUAUGAAGUGCAUGCAGUGUUUUCCAUAAGAAAAAAUGAACAAACAACUGAAAAACAAUAUUCGAGAGUUAUUUAAUAAGGUGCAAUUUACAAAAACAUGCCACAAAAGCAUGGAAAAGAAGCUCAAGGGCUACUACGAGCAGUCGAACCUAGACGACUUCGCAGAGGAAUUCAUAUCCUGCCUGAUGCUUCCUCUCGCCAUAGCAGAAAAGCACCCGCAUGUGGAAAAUACUUUAAUCUUUGCGGCAAACUUCGCUGUUGGUUUUCACUCCUUCAGCAAUGAAGAAUCAAGCGAACAGAUGAAUCCUUUCCUCGUGAAAUUAUUUGACUUUUUGAUGAGAUCUCACAAUGCAGUUGAUCAGGGUGUCAGAUUCCGAGUUUGCUAUUUUCUAAACAUGGUUCUCACUGCAAUGGGAGACACUGCUUACAUCGAUGACGUUCUUUGUGACAAAAUUACCAACAACAUGAUGGAUCGUCUUCUCGACAAAUCACCGAAAGUUCGGGCACAAGCUAUUCUCGCACUCCAGAGACUUCAAGAUCCGAGUGACGACGACUGCCCAGUUAUCAAACUGUUUCUCUUCCAUCUCUGUAAAGAUCCCAGCAGUGAAGUUCGGAGAACAAUUCUGAGUUGCAUGGCAAGGACUCAACGGACUCUGUUGGUUGCCUUGAGAAGGACUCGAGAUGUCAACGAGUUGGUGCGAAAGGCAGCCUAUCUUUUUAUCAGUAAAGUUUCAGUGAGAUCCUUGUCUAUAAAGCAAAGAGAGGAGUUGCUUAAUGAUGGCCUUCGUGACAGAAAUGACGUGGUGAAAAACUGUGUCAAGAAGGAAUUGAUUUACUCUUGGCUGCGAAAUUAUAAUGGGGACUUUAUCGCUCUGCUCCGGGCUUUGGAUCCUGGAAUGAAUAUCAAGGGAAUGGAGACUGCAGUUUUAACUCUGAAGAGUUUGCUCGAGACUUCCGACGUCAAAGUUUUAAUAGACCAACUCCCACUGGAUGUUCAAACACGUCUCAUCCCAAUCGACAAGAUCAGCAGCGAAAACAUCCUCUUUUGGCGAUGCCUAGCCGAACAUUUAAAACGUGAAUGUCUCAUCGAAGAAUUGGAAGAUAUAAUACCAGAACUUUCACAAUUUUGUCAAUACAUCAGAGAACUUCUGGCAACAAUUAGCUCGAAACAGCUGGAGACUUGGGAACGAACGAUGAAUCAGUUCAUGCUUUGUCAGCUUUUCGAAAUGGUGAAGCUCUACGAUCUGGCUGAUGAGUGCGGAAGAGAAAACUUGCGUUCAAUAAUGUUGGAUACACUAAUGCACGAGCUCUGCUCGGAUAAAAUUGUCCAAUGUAUUGUGGAGUAUUUUGACGAAGUUAUUCCAGACGUGGAUAGAAGACUCUCGGAUUUGGCAGAAGUUAUCAGCGAAUUGCGCAAACCUUCCAAGCAAACUCAAUCGCAGGCGAUACCUCAGUUAACCGAAGAGGAGGCAAAUCAAAAGAAGAUGCUGAAAGCCAGGUUAAAGGUGAAACUCUUAGAAAUGAAAGAAGAGCAAUACAAUUGUAUUCGAGCGAAGGAAUAUUUGAAAGCCGAAGAACUGAAUGUUGAAAUCACGAAACUCUCUAAAGAAAUUGAAGAUAUCGAGGAGGAACUCACAAUUCCGAUGGCAACCGAUGACGUUGCAGAAGAAAAAGAAAAGAAUGAUUCUCAAACGAUGACCGUUUGUCUCGAAAUUAUGUGCACAAUGAUGCAGAGUCCUUCCAUCAUGACACUCGUUCCUACCUUGAGAAGUUUGUUGGAUCAUAUGGUUCUCGACAGUCUCGAACACCCAGAUAUUAACAUUCACGAAUUGGCACUCAAGGCAGUGGCAAUUUGCUGCCAACUCGAUGGAGAAUUAGCGAAGAAGUACUUCACAAUGUUCUUUUUGCAAUUUUCGAUCUAUCCAGAAGAGCCAAAAUUGUGGAUCACGGCGCUAAAAUCCAUUUUCGAUUUACUUUUGCGUUUUGGUUUGGAAUUUUUCGAUAUUGCCCAGACAGAAGAAGAAGGAGCAGCGCACGAUAGAAGUAGACGGAACAAGACUGUGCGAUUAUACACUGAUAAUGAGGAAUGUUCAGCAGUCACCUCUGAUCAGUUUGACGUGGAAGAGGGUGGAGAUAAAUUCAUCAAGGUUUUGACUAGUCUCCUGGACAAUGAAUCUCAGGAAUUGCGAGUAAUUGCAACAGAAGGGCUCACAAAACUUCUUUUCUGUCGAAGAAUUAGCAGCGCUCGAUUACUCUCACGACUUAUCAUUCUCUGGCACAAUCCUGUAUCUGAGGGCGACACUUAUUUGAGUCAAUGUCUCUGUUCUUUCUUUAACAGUUUCGCUGUCUGUGUGCCAGACAGUCAAGUUAUGUUGGAAGAGGCAUUUUUACCAACAUUGAAGACAUUGGCCAAUGCCCCGGACCGAAGUCCCUUACAAGGAAUUGAUCCGCUCAGAAUAUCCGAGAUCAUUUUGAAUCUCACAAAACCCGGAAUUCACAAAGAUUCAUCUCUAAAUGUGCACAACGAUCUUGUUUUCUCCAUUCUCGCCGAGGCUCUGAAUCCCAACAGCGAAAUCGAGCCAGAAGUGUUAAUCAAGUCUUUGAAAAACUUGGAUGUCCGACUAGAAAUCGAGACCUUGAAGGAGAAUUUGAAAGAAGCAUUAAACAAUGCCUUGGAAAAGGUCACCGAAUUUGAUAAGCGUUUGGUAAAAUAUAUCGAGCAAUUUAAGGCAAAACUGGAUGCUGGCGAACCGAAAGAGAUGCAGGAAGAUGACGCAAUUAGCGUAACAAGUGAAGCCAAUAGCGAGGCGAUGAGUGAAGCAGUCAGCGAUGUGGCCAGCGAAGUAGCCAGUGAUUUGGAAAAAUAGUUUAAAAAAUAAUGUGUAUGAAGGUAACUUUCUUAUUGCUUCGGAUUUAUCAAAUCUCUUCAUUGUGACAGAGUACAAUAUUAUUAUAAUUUUGACGACAAGAAAGAAUAUAAUUAAAAGGGUAAAAAAAAAAGAUUGGUAACCUAUUUCCUCGAAAAAAAAAGAUGAAUUAGAAAAUAAUUGUAAUUAUCUUGAUCUGGAAAGUUUCCUUUCAUAUUUCUUAAUCACUCUAUAUCCUACUAAUAAAUUUUGUAUAAAUC